GCGGCGCCGCGCGGCUGCCGGGAGCAGCGCCGUGAGCCCAGCGGGAGCGCGCGUGGGAGCGGCGUCCGGCGCUGCGCGGAGCUGCGGCGACCCGGCUGUACGGCCCGGAAAAUAAAUAUGCGGCACGAAGAGCUUAGCUGAUCACAGAACACACCAUGGGCGUCUAUUUUCUUCUGUUCAUUGUGGGGCUUUGCUGGGCACAGUACAAUCCCAACACUCAGCCCGGGAGAACGUCUAUUGUGCAUCUCUUUGAAUGGCGCUGGGCUGAUAUUGCUCUGGAGUGUGAGCGCUAUUUAGCUCCUCAUGGGUUUGGAGGAGUUCAGAUUUCGCCUCCAAAUGAAAAUCUCGUCAUUGCUGAUCCCUCGCAUCCGUGGUGGGAAAGAUACCAGCCAGUCAGCUACAAACUCUGCACACGAUCGGGGAAUGAAACUGAAUUUAGAGACAUGGUGACCAGGUGCAACAAUGUUGGUGUAUAUGUUUAUGCAGAUGCAGUAGUAAACCACAUGUGUGGAGGUAAUGCUGGUGCUGGCAAUCAUUCUACUUGUGGAAGCUAUUUCAAUGCUGAGAGUGAAGAUUUUCCAGCUGUGCCAUAUUCUGCCUGGGAUUUUAAUGAUGCUAAGUGUAAAACCAGAAGUGGAGACAUUGAGGAUUAUCAAGAUGCGCCUCAGGUCCGAAACUGCCGCUUAGUUAAUCUUCUUGAUUUGGCCCUGGAAAAGAACUACGUGCGCUCCAAAAUUGCAGAGUACAUGAAUUACCUCAUUGACAUCGGUGUAGCUGGGUUCCGCAUUGAUGCUGCCAAACAUAUGUGGCCAGGGGAUGUGAAGGCAAUUUUAGAUGAGCUGAAAGAUCUAAAUACGACAUGGUUUUCUGCAGGAGCUAAGCCUUUCAUUUAUCAGGAAGUAAUUGACUUGGGAGGAGAGCCAAUCACCGGCAGUCAGUACUUUGGAAAUGGCCGAGUGACAGAGUUCAAGUACGGUGCAAAACUGGGGACAGUGAUCCGCAAGUGGAAUGGAGAGAAGAUGGCCUACUUAAAGAACUGGGGAGAAGGCUGGGGCUUUGUGCCUUCUGACAGAGCCCUGGUCUUCGUGGAUAACCACGACAACCAGCGGGGGCACGGGGCAGGUGGAGAAUCCAUUCUUACCUUCUGGGAUGCCAGGCUUUAUAAGAUGGCAGUUGGUUUCAUGCUCGCUCAUCCGUACGGGUUCACGCGGGUGAUGUCAAGUUAUCGUUGGCCAAGAUAUUUCCAGAACGGAGUGGAUAUCAACGACUGGGUUGGACCGCCGAGUAACUCGGAUGGGUCGACGAAGUCCGUGACAAUCAAUGCAGACACUACCUGCGGCAACGACUGGGUCUGUGAACAUCGCUGGCGACAAAUAAGGAACAUGGUUGUCUUCCGUAACGUGGUAGACGGUCAGCCUUUCUCAAACUGGUGGGACAACGGGAGCAAUCAAGUAGCUUUUGGUCGCGGCAACAGAGGCUUCAUUGUCUUUAAUAACGACGAUUGGUAUAUGAACGUCGAUUUGCAAACGGAGCUGCCUGCCGGUACCUACUGCGACGUUAUUUCUGGACAAAAGGAAGGCAGUGGGUGUACUGGAAAGCAGGUGUAUGUUUCCUCGGAUGGCAAGGCUAAUUUCCAGAUUAGUAACAGUGACGAAGAUCCAUUUGUUGCAAUUCACGUUGAUGCCAAGUUAUAACUUCAUUUGUUGUUUUUUUUCUUUCCUGUUGCGUGGAAGAAGAAGAGGUUGGCUCGACCUUGUAGAAUGUCAACUUGCUGGUAAUAAGGUGCUGGGAAAGAGAGAUGGACAGAAUAAACAGGGAUGUUUUGUAGCUAUGCAUAAGUUAAGCUCUGUGCUGUUAUGAAGACUUGUUACGGAACUUGCUUUCUAGCCAAUGGAUUGUUAAUGGAAAUGUACUGAACGUGCAUGUUGGAAUAUAAAAGGCUUGCUUAGGAAAAUAAAACAGAAUCUUCCUUGCACGAGAACCCUGUGUUAUGUUGCUAAGUUGCGACACUGCUGCUGUGUAGAUAUUCUGUUUGUGCCAAGCUUGUUUCCCCGAUGUUGAGUGAAAAUAAACGACAACGGAAAUGAAGACCAAAGGUUUUCACCCCUCGCUAUUUUGGAUCGUUGCAUUAUCGCGUUGUAACUAGUUGGAAAACCAUAGGUAGGUUUUAGGGCAAUACGGCACCGUUUUUCUGAUAUCACAGAAUCGCAAGAGUAAAGAAGGAACAGGAGGAAAAGAAUCCAAGUGCAUGUUGAAUUUAGAACGUUGUGUUUCCAAGGCUGAUACACACUGCGGAGCAGGCACUUUGCUGUAGUCAGCCGGAAGCGUUGCGUAAUGCGAUGUUGUCAGUGAGCGCUGAGACGAUGCGGUAAGAAUGCCGGAGGAUAGAUUUUGGUCAAGUCACGUUUGUGUGUUCAGCAGAUGGCGUAGUGUUUCUUCCUCAGAGGAAAGCAGUUGUCUUAGUCUAAUUGGCUAAGCAAUUGAACCGAAAGGCAUAGGUUCACUGUCUUCACAUCGAUCACUUUUUCUAGCAAGUGAUUAACUUCAGCUAAGCAUCCUUCGGUACUCAGUCCUUGUCUCCCUGCUUUUGAUAAGAGAAUGUUUGGCAUCUUCUGCAGUUUCAGCAGUGUGAAGAAAUGAAAUGUCUUUGUUAGAGGUUUCUUUCUUGCUCAUCAGCUGCAAUAUUGCAAAUACUGUAGACUGAUUUGAACGUGCCCUUUGUUAAUAAAGGAAUCUUAAGGCUUUGCAACGUUUUUGAGAGAAAAGAUGUGCUGUUCUUAGAAAUGAAACGAUUGUUGUAGAGCUCAGAUUUUAGCAGUGUCCUAUUCAAUAAUGAAGUCGCAUCAACUUGUUCUUAAGCAGCAAGUUAUGGAAGCAAAGCAUGAGAGAAGCAAGCGGAAGCAGAACUGCUGCAACUGUCGGUGGGUAAUGUAUCUGUGAUGUUAUAUAUGUCUGUGUGAAAGCACUGUUGGAACAAGCGUGCAGAAACAAUUCCUAACGUGACCCCCUCAUAUACUGCACCAACCAACAUCUCGGUGUAUUACGCUUGUAAGAACUGCUAAGCAAAUGAGGGUGUCAAAGUGAUGGUUGAUUACUGUCAAUUCUUUAUUGCUGAGGAGUGGAAAUAUUUGUCUAAUGCUUUCAAGGAGUUAACAUUCAAUAGGUUUGAUUAUUAUCAGUAAUAUCUAGGAUUUGCAUGGAGUGGAGUAGUUUUCAGUGAAUGUCCACAUAGGCCAGCAGAAGAGCAUUUUAGGUUUGCGGUGUGAGAACUUGCAAACCGAAAUGUCUUUUUUCAGUGCCUGGAAAUUUUCAGUGCCUGGAAACGCAGUACUCUGUUGUUUCACAUGCAUGUGUUUUCAUCCCAGUGCUUAAAUUCUCCUGAAUUUGCUGUUAGUCAAAAUAGAGAAUAUAUAUAUUUUUUGUAUUGGCAAAUUGGGUCUAUGAUAGGAAAAUGAGCAGGUGAACAAAUUGGACUAGCUUAUGAACAUAAAUUCUUGGAAAUAAAAGGACAGUGAUUAACAUUCUACUAAAAAUAAUAAUGAAAAAAAAAAAAGCGUAGGUUUAUACUUACUGGUGAGAUUCAGCUUUUAAGGACUUAUGAGGUAUUGUGUAAUACAUCUAAUAAUGAACAAGAGUGAUUGAACUCAUACAUGAGUUUGAGCUUAUCUUUAUUUCCUUUCACCUUCCAGAGUCCAACUUUUCAUAAAGUCUUUGUUUACAUGACAGCAAAGAAUAUAAUCCCAAAUUUGGGAGUGCUGCUCAGAGACUGCUCGGUAUAUGAUAAGGUAUAAACACUGGGAGAAGGUAUUUUAUCUUCAGCUGCAGCGCAAUUCAAGAUAAAAUAAAUGGGAAUAUGGAUGUCUAGCUAGCUAGACAAACAAUAACCGAACUCUGUGAAAUCUGUCAGCUGCAGUAGAAACUUUGUCAUUUUGCAGGAGUAUAAAUCGCCAGCUGAUUAUGCUGAAGGAACCACGCAAGUCCUUCUCCUCGUCGCAGUUGUAGGGCUUUGCAGGGCACGGUACGACCCCAACACUCAGUCUGGGAGGAUGUCUAUCGUGCAUGUCUUUGGACGGCACUGGGCUGAUACUGCACUGGAGCGUGAACACUAUGUAGCUCUAUUAGGUUUGGUGGAGUUCAGGUAUGUAGUUUCCUGUCUACAGGCAAUAAAACCGCUUUGCAGAAUUUGAUUAACAAGCAAAACAGCCAGAACUGCUGACAGUAAGCUCCAAGUAACUUCCUUGUUGAAAGCAGGGAUGGAAGCGCUAAGUUGUGUCAGGCAGAUCUGGAGAUCCUGCCAGUCUGGUACGACUGUAUGUUUGGCUGCAGAUCACCUGUAAGGGGACUUACUUUUCUUUGUCAUACUUCAUGUAUAACGCCGUGUUUUACCUUUUGCUGAGUUGAGUACACAGACAUAGGCUGUCCAAAGGAUGUCACAAAAAUAAUUAAUAUGGCUUCAGCCCUCCCGUACACGUGUCCUUGGACAGUGGAUCCAGGCAGCUCCCAGCAACAAAAGACAAUUUUUUUGCCAGUCUACAAGAUGGGUAUCUUGCAGACCUAAGCUUGUACUGCGGGAUGGAGAGAAUGGGUUUGGCACAAAGCCCAUCUCCUGGAAAUCAUAGACUAAUCUGAGCACUGAGCACACCUUAUUGCACUUAAAAUGAAAUGAGAACUAAUGAUUUCUGACUGAGGUACGUCCUUUCAUUUGCAGGUUUCUCCUCAAAGUGGAAAGAUUUUCAUUGCUAAUCCGAUCUGGCCCCUGGUGGGAAAGAUACCAGCCCAUCAGCUACAAGAUCUGCAGUCGAUCAGACAGUGAAAAUGAAUUCAGAGACAUGGUGACCAGGUGCAACAACGUUGGAGUAAGUGCCUGAAAAUGUGUAACCGAUACGGUGAGAAGGGCGGUCUCUGUGGAGCAAAGUUACUGCUCCUAAUAUAGGAGGGUUAAAUGGAGAAUAAAGGGAGGUGGAGGAAAGGUCACGCUAACAGCAAUGUGGUAAUGCUCCGGCUGAUGCUUCAACAGCAUCACAACACUGACCGAAUCGCAAUCGCUACCUUUCCAGGUUCGUAUUUAUGUGGAUGCUGUUGUCAACCACAUGUGCGGAUCUAUGGGUGGCUCAGGCACCCACUCAACGUGCGGGAGCUAUUUCAGCACUGGGAGUAGAGAUUUUCCCGCUGUGCCAUACUCUGCCUGGGAUUUCAAUGACGGCAAAUGUCAGACUGCAAAGUGGAGACAUCGAAAAUUAUGGGGACAUGUAUCAGGUAACUUUCGUUGGUUUAGAUUGUGAUAUUUUUUCUUGUUUAAAUCUUGUGUAGAGUAAAGCCAAAGAAAGGGAGUAGUUUAUCUCGAGUUGAACACUUAGUCAACUAACCAGUGAAUACUGUGGCUUAUCUUCUGGAAACGCACUUGUGCUGCACAGUUUUGUAGGCUCUGAGAAGUCAUGAAUCUUCCCCAUGUUUCAUGUGGGCAUGUGAAGGAGCGUGCGUCUGAACUGACUGAGCCUAAGCCUGAGCCUCUCAGUUUUGUCAACGCACUCUUUCUUACGGCUUCUGAAAUCAACUACCCUUGUUAAGGAAGCCCAGGAAAAUUGAGAGUUGUGCAGGAUGCUACCCUGGUUAUGUCAGUUGGUCCGUUUGGACGUGGCAUAGAUUUAAAGUUCUUUAUGAAGGUUACAGCUCAGCAUCAUUUUGCUGUGACGUUCUUCCAGUCACGGGGGGCUUGCUUGACAGCUGUGACUUACCAGUUACCGUGGAGAAUGGCACUGCAAUUACAUCAGGCAGUGCCCUCAGGACCUGGGGUGCAGGUUAUCAGGCACCAUAGACUUGCACGCAUUCAGAGUCUUAAAGUGGUCUUAGACUUGCUCUUCUGUUACAGUGGAAGGGAAUUUUGCUCUCCCAUCCUUUCCCUAGAUGCUUAAGGACAUAAGAGAUAUGGGAAGCCUGACUGCCAGCAAAGAAUUUGGUUAGCAUUUCAGCCUUCGCUAUGUCUGUUGUUGCCUUUUCUCCCUUCUCAUGUAUCAGAGGAAUUAUGCUUUCCUUGGCUUCUUGAGUCUUGUGCCAAGUUCAGUUU